UCGGCCGCGCACGGCGCCGCGGGAGCCGGCAGCGGCCGGGCCAUGCGGAGCGCAGCCCCCGACGGCGCGGCGCGGGGCUCGGCGCUGCACCAUGGCCGCUGAGAACGGCUCGGCGGCGGGCGGCGCGCCCGGGGGGCUGCCCGAUUUCAUCUUCCAGAAGGAGCUGUUUGCCGCCAGAGACGCAGACCCCAUGCGCAACCUCUCUGCUCAGCCCUGGCAGGCAAAGAUGGCCAACCUGACCUACGACAACUUCACCUUGGGCAACCGCUCCGAGGUGGCCAUCCAGCCUCCCACCAACUACAAGACAGUGGAGCUGAUUUUCAUUGCCACGGUCACCGGCUCGCUCAGCCUCGUCACUGUGGUAGGCAACAUCCUGGUGAUGCUGUCCAUCAAGGUGAACCGCCAGCUCCAGACUGUCAACAAUUACUUCCUCUUCAGCCUGGCCUGUGCAGACCUCAUCAUCGGGGUCUUCUCCAUGAACCUCUACACGGUCUACAUCAUCAAAGGCUACUGGCCGCUGGGGGCCGUGGUGUGUGACCUGUGGCUGGCCCUGGACUACGUGGUGAGCAAUGCCUCUGUCAUGAACUUGCUCAUCAUCAGCUUUGACCGGUACUUCUGUGUCACCAAGCCCCUGACAUACCCAGCCAGGCGGACCACCAAGAUGGCAGGGCUAAUGAUCGCGGCCGCGUGGAUAUUGUCCUUCAUUCUCUGGGCCCCUGCCAUCUUGUUCUGGCAGUUCAUUGUGGGCAAGAGGACAGUUCCCGAGAGGGAAUGCUACAUUCAGUUCCUCUCCAACCCGGCGGUGACCUUUGGCACGGCCAUCGCUGCUUUCUACCUGCCUGUGGUCAUCAUGACGGUGCUGUACAUCCACAUCUCCUUGGCCAGCAGGAGCAGGGUGAGGAGGCACAAGCCUGAAAGCAGGAAAGAGAGGAAAGGCAAGUCCCUCAGCUUCUUCAAGGGCCCCAUGAUCAAACAGAACAACAAUAACUCCCCCAAGAGGGCCAUGGAAGUGAAGGAGGAGGUGAGGAAUGGGAAAGUGGAUGACCAGCCCUCAGCACAGACAGAGGCCACUGGACAUCAGGAGGAGAAGGAGACCUCCAAUGAGUCCAGCACUGUCAGCAUGACCCAGACCACAAAAGACAAGCCCACAGCAGAAAUCUUGCCAGCGGGACAAGGACAGAGCCCAUCCCACCCCCGGGUGAACCCAUCUUCCAAGUGGUCCAAGAUUAAGAUCGUCACCAAGCAGACUGGGACUGAAUGCGUCACUGCCAUCGAGAUUGUCCCAGCUAAAGCCUCUGACCACAACUCCCUGGCCAACAGCCGUCCGGCCAAUGUUGCCAGGAAGUUUGCUAGCAUUGCCAGGAGCCAAGUGCGGAAGAAGCGCCAGAUGGCAGCCCGGGAGAAGAAAGUCACCCGCACCAUAUUUGCUAUCCUGCUAGCCUUCAUACUCACAUGGACUCCAUACAACGUGAUGGUCCUCAUUAACACCUUCUGUGAGACCUGCGUGCCUGAAACAGUGUGGUCCAUCGGCUACUGGCUCUGCUAUGUCAACAGCACCAUCAACCCAGCCUGCUACGCCCUCUGCAACGCCACCUUCAAGAAAACCUUCAAGCACCUUCUCAUGUGCCAGUACAGGAACAUUGGCACAGCCAGAUAAACUGGCGCUCAGGGACCACUUCAGCAACUUUACGGAAGCCCUUCCCUUUGCCUCCUUUGCCAGGGUGGGAGGUCCUCUGCUCCCCACUCACAACAGUGCAGACUGUGCAGUGAUUGCGGAUGAUGCCCUUCAUCCAACGCUGACAAAGGUCCAAGGCACCUCUGAGCUGCAGCUCCUUCCAAUCCCCCUGGGCCUGGGGACCGGCUUGGGGAGCCAGCGGGAAGGCCAGAGGCGAGAGGAGGAGAUGGAGUCACCAGGAGCCCUCCCCAGCUCCCUGCUUUAGAGAGGUUGGCAAAGUGGCAUCCGUGUUUCUCCUAAGACUGGAUGCCUCUUCCCCCGCUGCUGACCAUCUCCAGUGUGUCAGAGCUUGUCUGCAUGCAGACAGCCUAAUGCUGGAUGCUUUCAAGAGGCUUUUAAACCAUUUAUUACCCAAGAAAUGAAAAGAAACUGGGACCAAACAUUUGUCAGCCAUCUUGGACCAGGCUGGCUCGGGCAUGCUCACGGGGAGCCCUGCUAGCCCAGCCAGGCCCCCUCCUGAGGCCGAUUGCACCUGAGCAGAUGUGGCAAGCUCCUUCCUUUCCCUUGAGAGACAUCACCGUACAUCUUCACACACAGACUGGCAGGUGAAAUUUUCCCCUGGGCUUCAGCUCCACUUUCCCCUUCAUGCCCUUCCUGCCCUUGGCCGGACAGCCAAACGAAGCCUCCUACACGAUGGAAACUAAAACUGCAAAGCAAAGCAGCGGUGUGGUGCAGGACCUCUCUCCACAGCCCCGGGGGAAUGCGAUCCCCAAGAAGUGGGCAGCAGCGACAGUGAGGAUAACUGUCCUUGGGAGGGAUGGAGAGGAGCUGGGGGGUCUCAGGGGGUUGGGAAGAGGGUCUGCAAUGUGGCUGAGAUGCUCUGUGUCAUAUGGGCCAUGAGCAGGUCCCCGCUCUCCCCAUGGUGGGUAUGGGAGACCUGAUGCAUGGCUCUGGGAGUGGGAGAGGACAGUGGUGGCCCCCAAGCCCCGCUCCUGCCCCACGUAUAGGGGGAUGCCCUAGGGAGGCCAAAGGAACCGGCUGCUGAGCUUUGUAAAUGGACGUAACCCUGUCGUCGGUGUUGUGGCAGAGCCCUCAGCAUGCGGGCUUCAGCCAGCGUCUCCAGCCCCUUCCCGUCCCACCCAUGUGCGCAGCCCAGACCACCAGGGGCUGCUCCCCAGCUUCUCCCAAAGCCCACUUUCUGCAAGCCUUGUUGGACACAGCCAGGUGCAGGCAAGGGACGGGACGGGGCCACGCUGGCACUGGCAAACUCCGUGUCCGUAUGUCCUUCCCAUCCCUGUGCAGGGGUGAUGCUGCGCAACCUGGAGAAAGGCUGCCCCCCAAACCCUGGCCACUGCCUUUAGGAUAAUUCACAUAGCGGUGCCCAAAAUGCGUGGUGGGCUUUUGGUAUCUUCUUUUUUUUCUAAAAAAACCUGUUACAACCAUGGCCCAACACACCCCGAGACAAAUAAAGAGCUUGGACCAGAAAGCAACAGCCACAGCAUGAGGACUGAAUGAGUUGUCACCUGGUCACUCCUCUCCAGCUUCCCAGUGUUGCUCACUGGUGACAUUUCUGGGGGUGGCAGCCCCAAGUGCUGUUGAGAAGAGGCAAUGAGGUCUGACCCAUGUACCUACUCCAGGACCACAUGUGUGUAGCACCCAGGGCACUGGUAACUUCACCCCGCUGGUCCCCGUGGGGUCAGCAAAGCUGGGGUUUGGUGGAGUUGCCAGCACAGCAGCGGCUCGUGGGGAUGACAGGUGGGUUCCGACAGGGUUUUUUAAAAAGAUUUUUAUUGGAAAAUAAAACAAACCCCAUUUUCCAAAAGAAGUGAGAGCUCCCACCCAGCACCGGUGUCAGCGUGUUGAAGGCAGAGGGGCUACAGCCCCAGCAUGGACACAUGUGGUGAGAAGUGAUGGAGAGGGGAUGUGGUGGUUCCUGGGGGCAGUGGAUUUGUUUCCCCCAGCUGCUGCAGGGAAGUCAUGCCCUGG